ACUACCUACGCAUUGCCGACUUCACGAAGGCGCGCGACCUCAGCGACACUAGCAUCAUGACAGCGAAAGACAUUCCAGGAAAUAUAACUUUAUUCCAACAUGGCGCCUUCUGGGUCGACAAGCAGAGCGCAUAUGUAGUCGGCGGCGCUGUCAACGACGAAGCCUGGCUAUCCCGCGACGGCCAGUUCCUACCAUCUAAUUUCUCCACCUACAAAGCCAGCACUGUGUUUCGGUACGAUAUACAAUCAGACCGGUGGAGUUCUGAGACGGCGGUCCAGCCCAGUAGCGGGUCCGAUGUGAGGGACAGUUUUGCGGCUGGCGCUUUUGCGUAUAAUCCGCUCGCAAGGAAAGCUUACUACUUCUCUGGUACCAAUGGACCCGGAGCGAGGAAGAUGUAUCCAAAUGAUAUAGCCGGAUACGUAGGGCGCUCGAACGAGGAGGUGACGGGGAAUGGAAAUUUAUUGACCUUUGAGACGGAUAGCUUUAAGUGGACCAAUGUCACUACAGAUACCCAGUUGACGACUACUGGGACUGAAUACGGACAACUUGUUUUUCUACCUGGAACAAUGAGUUCAACAGGAGGUGUCGCUAUUGGUUUUGGUGGUAACAGAAGGGACACAGGGGAUAUCGAAAGCAUGAGACAGGUCCUCAUCUACGAUGCCUGGAGCGACAAAUGGCACAGCCAAGCCACUUCAGUCGAGGGUGGAACAUUUCCACCCGGUCGGCAGGGCUUCUGCGCCGUAGCCGCGAGUGCGCCAGACAAUAGCAGCCAUAACAUCUAUAUGUAUGCCGGUGAAUCAACAGUAUCCGUCCCGAACGCCUACUCGGAUCUAUGGGUUCUCUCCAUCCCAUCGUUCAAAUGGAUCCGUAUCGACGGCAAACACCCGACUCGAAAGGCGCAUAAGUGCGAUGUCCUCGCUGAUCGCUACAUGGUCACUUAUGGCGGUAAUCAAGGUGGAUGGGGAGAUGAGGGUGAUGGGGAUGCUUGUGACGACUUAAAUUACGGUUUACGAUUAUUCGACAUGUCAAACCUAACCUGGACGACCAAAUACGACGGCCCCGCCCAAGAAGCCAACGCGUAUAAAGUACCAAAGGCUGUCUACGAAAAGAUUGGCGGCGAUGCAUCGGGCAGUGCAACGCAGACAGCUCCAAGCGCAGGCUUCGAGACGGCAGACGUGAAAGAGCUUUUCCAGCAAUCAAAGCAGGAAACUCCUCCCCCAACUACCUCAGCAGACCCCUCCAAUGAAAAGACGACUAACGUUGGAGCAAUCGCCGGCGGCGUCGUCGGCGGUGUCGUCGGCCUAGGCCUGAUCAUCGGCGCAGUGUUCUUCACUCUGAGGAGAAGAAAACGCGAGUCUGCGUAUGCGUAUGGUCAGCCCUCGGCCAUGGCUAAUCUCGUCGAGGCAGAUGGUAACCACGGAUAUGCGACAGAACUCAUGGAUCACAACAAUCCUGGUGGGAAACCGGUUCAUGAGAUAUACACAAGCCACCGACAGAACCCGCAAGAGCUAUAUGCUGGCGAUGUUGAGGAGUACACAGCGGCGCCCGCGGCAUCUGGCUCGAAACCUGUGCAUUGAUGUCCCAACUGUAUGAGAGGAGAGAUGUGGUGAUAGAUUAUAAUGUAUUCUUUGUAUAGUAGGGAUACCCUUUGAGCGAAAAUUCAUCGUCGGCACUAGCGAUUUAAUUGAGUUUGUAAUGUUACUUGACGAGAGUGUGGUAUGUCCUAUCGUCCAUUAUGCUAGUAUGAACAUCAUCUCCUCCAUCUCUGUACCAAGAAAAGAAGACGCAUUCUCCGGACAAACACACAUCGUAUGAUCGUCUUCCCCCCGGAAUGAUAGCUUAAUCUAUGUUCUGCGCUC